UACGCCCGCGAAAGUCACCUAAGCGAAAGAAUGAAGAGCGCAUUGGCCACCAUGGCGGUUUCGGCCACAGCGGCCUCGUUUGCCUCAGCGUUCGUGGGGUCUCCUCUCCCUCUGCGAGCGCUGACGAGCAGACCCUCGUGCUCCACGAGCGCAUACCGCGCACGGCCUACCCGCAUGACGGCUGAAGACGACGAGGUGGAACCAAAGGUGUACUACGCGUCUGAGGUGACGGACGGAAACAAGAAGACUACCUUCAACCGGGAGAUGGGCGAGCAGCCCUUGCCGGAGAACACGGCCACAACAAGAUCCGACAGGUACGGCCCCGCGGACUACGAGGGCUUCGUCGACAGCGAAGGAUUUGACGGGGGUGACGGACAGGUUGGCGUCGUUGGAGACGGAGGUAAUGCCAUGGAGCAGUUCGACCAGAGUGCCGUCGGCCGAGCUCAGGACAUGAGGGCGAAGGUCAAGGCGUCUACGAUGGUCCAGGAGUCUAAGGCUCGCCAAAGGAACGCGUGGGGCGGCGGCAGCAGUGGAUACGCGGACGAGCUCAAGGAGCAGGGCAUGGUGUCGUACAACGCAGCGGGCGAGGACAUCAGCAAGGUCCGCCGCCAGCAGUACGAGAACUACCGCAAUCAGCAAGAAAUCACUAGGAGGCAACGCGCCGACAACAGCGUGAUGGAAGCUAUGACGGGAACGGGCACGGUAGAGGACAACACCAGCAAGUGGAAGAGGGGCGGCAGGUCCAGCUACUUCGACAACAUUAACGCGGCCCCUGAAGAGGCGGUGGACCAGAGCUGGAAUAAGUACAGCGCCCCGGUUGCUUCUGGGAUGAAGGAUGGCACUGAGUGGGGGGAGACCACCCUGACCGGCAACGAGAAGGUCGAGGAUACGGUGCAGUGCAUCUCCACCAGUGGGCGACCAGGACACGCUACUCUCAACGUGAAGAGCACCGUCAUGACCUUCGAGCCGUUCCACUGCACCUUCGUUGGGGACGCACGAGGGUUCAAAGUCACACCCGAGGAAGGGACGCUCAACCGCAGGGGCGGUGACCCCCAAGAGUUCGACGUGUCCUACAUGGGCAACGGCCCCGGCGAUAACCGGAUCGGAACCUUGGUUGUGGAGACCGAGGAGGACAAGUGGAUCUACAAGAUUGAGGGCGUGGUCGGUUAACUUCGAACUCCAAGAACACGGACUUCUGGGGACCUUGUAGCGCGUUGAAGCGCGUGGGGUAUGCUGUGUCUGUCUUUUAUCUGUUCAUUUAAUAGAGGUCAAGUUUGAGGGAGUUUUUAUGUUUUCCUUGGCUGAAUUUUUGGAGAGCACGGGAUAGAUUGAACGGGAUCGUGCGAAUAUGAAGAAAGCCAUUGAGCGCGAACGGCGCAGUACCAGCACCAAGGCGGGAUAGAGAUUGUUGGACAUGGGUUGGUUGCUGGGUCAUGAAGGCCCUCUUGCCGUGUUCAGUUGAAGCUUGCCCUCUGAUCGAGAAGGGCUGGCUUCGUUUGUUCAACCUGGUGCGUCCGCACCGGGUGGGGUGUGGGCACCGCCCUGGGGUACCUUUCCGAUCUUGACGCUUAGAAAGAACGUCGCCUGCUGGCGGUGCAGUAAUAUCAUUCAUUUUGUUUGAUGUGGUUCGAAGAUAGGAUGGAUUUGGCGUAGCAGCAUGCUCCGUGCAGUGUCUCGAUGGAUGUGCUUCCGCUUCAUGCUGGAAUGAAACAAAAUAGAGCUUUUGAAAUGUC